CAGUGACACUUUAUAAAUCCUCUCGCGUUCCCAACGGACAGUAGCCCAGAAGCGCCCGAAGCCAAAACGACAAGAUGAAUUUCAUCCUGAAUUUGAUCGGUGCUUUGCUGAUUUUGUCCAGCUUCGAGAAGUCUGCGUCAAAGCCUAUGACUGAUGAAGACUCAGAAAUCGAUUCACUGCUUCAGGAGCUGGAUAGUACUCAGAAUGAUCAAGCAGAAAAUUCUGUACCAAACGAGCUGACGACACACCACGAGGAUCGGAUGCGCGAAAACAAAAGAAUAUCGGACAUGUUUUCGGACACCGAAUCAACAGAUGCGGACUACACGACAGUGCCGGACUUUGAUGCGGGAGUUCUUCCCUUUGAAAGAGUCGGUUGUUUCAGAGACAAAGGCCCACCUCACCCUCUCCCCAAACUCAUCAAGAGCCUACGCCAAAAAAUCGACUGGAACAACAUGAAUAAAACCAUUGACGCAUGCGCAAAACUCGUCCAAGCCGCUGGCUACCAGUACUUUGGUAUCGCCUUUUAUGGCGAGUGUUGGAGCGGAGUCGAUGCGCACAAGACAUACGCGAAAGAUGGGUCGACCCAGGAUUGCUGGAGCGGCGUGGGCAAAGCAGGGGCUUACGCUGUGUACAGGUUCAAAUACGUACCGACAACAUCAGGACCAACCACAACGCCCACGACACCAUCUGUUCCAGCCGAGUGCAUUUCUUACCAUGAGCUAACCACCGCUGACCGUGCCAUGGGGAAUUCUGGAUCAAAGCCAACGUGUGACAAUACGCUGAGCCCAGGAUGGUAUCGGUUCAGCGGCGCUGCGGGCAAGAACAUGCCCACAAGUUGCGUCCAGAAGCAUCACUGCGGCACGCAUGCGCCUGGCUGGCUAAACGGUACGCUGCCCAGUACAAUCGAAGGCGCAGCAUCUCGUCAAGUUUGCUUUCACUGGGGGAAUGAUUGCUGUAGAUGGAAGAGUGACAUCAAGGUCCGCAACUGUGGCGAGUUUUACGUCUACCAGCUAGAGAGGCCCCCUGUUUGCAGGCUCAGAUAUUGCGGUGACGCACCUGGACCCUCUACCCCGCCACCGCCAACGACAGCUGCCCCGACCACUCCUGCUCCCACCACCCCGACAGAUGAAUGCUCUUCCUACAAACUACUAGACUCUUCUGACCGCGCUAUCAAAUACACUGGCAAACCCUUCUUAUGCGACCAAAACAUGAGCCCGGGAUGGUACAGAUUCAGCGGUAGUGCCGGUAAAAACAUGCCAACCAGCUGCGUACCCACAAUGCACUGUGGAACGCAUGCACCUGGUUGGCUGAACGGAACACUGCCCAAAAUAUCCGAAGGCGCGGUUACUCGCCAGGCAUGCUUCAACUGGCGAAACAACUGCUGUUUCUGGAAGAGGGACAUCAAAGUCCGUAAUUGUGUAGGGUUCUACGUGUACCGACUAAUGAAGCCUCCGGGAUGUCGUUUGAGAUACUGUGGCGAUAACGGACCUGUUCCUACCACUGCAGCGCCGACAACAGUUGCUCCACCACCAACAACACCAUCCUUACCAGCUGAGUGUUUUUCUUACCUCGAACUCAAAUCUUCUGACCGUUCCAUGGGGAAUUCGAAUCCGCUGUUCACUUGCGAUAACGGUAUGAGCCCGCGUUGGUACCGUUUUAGCGGAGCUGCAGGCUCAAACAUGCCCACUAGUUGCGUUCCUAAAAAUAGAUGUGGCACGCAUGCGCCUGGCUGGUUAAAUGGAACGCUGCCCAAUGUUAACGAAGGUGCAGUAAACCGCAUGGUGUGUUUCCACUGGGAUAACAACUGCUGCAGGUGGAACAAAGAAAUCAGAGUGCGGAAUUGUGGCGGGUUUUACGUGUAUCACUUGGGGCGAACCCCGACAUGCAGACUCAGAUAUUGUGGCGAUGCCCCUGCGCUAACGACAACCGCCCCACCCCUGACCUCACCUACAGCAGCCCCAGAAUGCUAUUCGUACCGUUCCCUGAAUUCCGCUGACCGUGCGAUGAGUCAUAUCAGCUCUCAAUACACGUGCGACAACAAUAUGAGACCAGGGUGGUAUCGGUUCAGCGGUGCUGCAGGAACGAACAUGCCAAGAACCUGUAUCCCCGACCACCGUUGCGGUGCGCAUGCGCCUGGUUGGAUGAACGGACCGCUGCCUGAUGUGGAUGAAGGCGCAGCUACGCGCAAAGUUUGCUUUCACUGGGCCAAAAACUGCUGCAAAUGGAGCAAGAACAUCAAAGUCCGCAAUUGUGGCGGCUUUUACGUGUACCAGCUGGACAAGCCACCUGCUUGUAGGCUCAGAUACUGUGGCGAUAAGACACAUGCUCUUACAACAAUCGCGCCAACCACCACACCGCGGCCUCCGACGCCAGCGCUAAUCCGUCUGUGUGAGCACCGAAGCGGCGUUCUUAACUGCCCACAAAACAAGCGCAUAAAGAUACUUUACUCCAACUAUGGCCGAACCAGCGGUCGCAGCGUUUGUCCCCACCCGUCCAUACGCACUACCAGCUGCAGGUCAGCGGAGUCACAACGGCUCAUUAGAUGCGCGUGCAACGGCCGAAACGCAUGUCCGCUGUACGCAAAGAACGAAGUGUAUGGAGAUCCAUGUGUUGGGACUUAUAAGUACAUCGAGGUCCGAUAUCUUUGUGUGUAGAUGCAGUUUUAAAAUACAAGUGCCUUUAGGAAGAUUUGAUAGCAUAUAACAGGGAGAUCGGCGUGUUUAUAUCACAAAAAGUGUUAUUAGAGGCAUUUUCAUAUUCCAGUCAUUCCAUUUUCUGGUGACAAGAAAGAUUUAUACCUUUGUUCUGUAUGAACCCUUCUAUAUUAAAACGCUGUCUAGACCAAAGAGAGACCCCUUUUGAACAAAUGCCUCAAAUGUACUCUGUUUUACGAUACCCAAAGUGGAUUUGAAAAUAAUGUUACCCUAUGGGUGUUAAAGUACAGAAUGAGAUUUGUUAGCUAAUGAAAAAAAAUAGAAACAUUUGAAUCAUAAUAAAAGAUAACAAAAACAUG